UUUCACUGUCAGGUCUACACCUGUUGUAUUCGGCAUAUGUGACAAAUAAAAUUGGAUUUGAUUUUAAUUUGAAGUCAACAUUCUCUGGUGUGUGGACUUUCGACCAUCUUUUUGGUACCAUUUGAAAGUUAAAAUUUCAAUUUUAUUCCCAUUUCAGUAAAUUUAUCAGCCAAAACAUGACACCCACCCUGUAUUCAAGAGCAUGUUGUGUCUCAACCGAUGGUGGGCACAACACAAGAACCUCAGAUGAAGUCAAAUAGGGUCUAAGCUACAACAUCUGUAUAUGCUAAAAAUCGGAGUUGACACGUUUUUAGACAAUUGACAUAUACGGUUAUAAAAUGACAAAUGUUAUACCCCCCAAAAUUCCAAUAAAUUAUUGAAUAGUUUGACACCCCUGUUUGUAAGCUUUUAAAUGAUAUCAAUCUCAACUAUUUGUCGUUUUCAGUGAUAAGGACAUGGAUGUCUCAUAUUAUGGUGGGGUAUAAAAAAUAUGGCAAUCUUUGAUGUUUUGGCAUCCAGGUCUAAGAAGUCACUUUCUGAACACUUCUACAAUGGGCCAGUAUGGAUGAAAGGUUUCGUUCAUAUCAAAAGGGGUGCUGUCAAAAAGUUACUUUACCACUGUACUUGAUCUACAGUAUUUCAUAAAAUAAUGGAUAAAAUACCUGGGUUUAUUGAUUAUUUAAAAUCAUUUUUUGUUGUCAUAACGCAGAAGGGAAAUCAAAUAAAUCAUAGCCUGGGUGACAAUCUGUUUCUGCUCUCUGCUCUUCUUAUGGACUUGUCAUGCCUGGCUUGACAAUGGAGUAGGCAUAAGCAUAAACAGAUCUUGGACCAGGCUAAAAUACAUUUUCAUAGAAGAAUAUGACAUCAUCAGUUGCUAAUUUACCAGUCCCAGGGUCAAUGUGACCAAAGUCUACCUAGACUUUGAGGUGGUUGUUUUAGUCCAUGAUGCUUUGCUUCACUUCCUCCUUGCUUUCCAACCACAACUCACAGUGAAGAAAAAAACUUCAUCGCAUCGAGCCUCAACUCAAGUGGAAGGGGGGAAACCCUGUCUAAAGAACAUGUCUCUGAAAUGCAGCAUGGUAUGCAGCAGACAGAUUUGUUUGUACAAGGACACUACAAGACACACUAGAGGAUGAAGAGUCAACAGCACACCUCCAGAUAUCUGCUGCUCCAUGUGUGGUGCGGGUUUCUCACAGUCGCAAUGGGGAUUAUGGUCGCAGUUCUCACAACAGUGCAAAUAAACUCACCUGACAAGAGUAAUUUACCUGAAUCAAAGGAGGAAAACCAGCACCCUCCAAACGGCAGUUUUCUGGCUCAAUUGAAUUCAUCAAAGGCUCCCAGUCCCUCCUAUAUCCAUCUGACCAUGGGAACAUUAUCUUGGGAGAAUGACCAUGGUGUCCCCGUCUGUGGCUCUUGCUCGCUCGUCCUCCACGACAACUCUGUCUACAUCAGAUCUGAAGGCUUCUACUACUUCUAUGUCCAGGUCACCUUCACUAGGCACACCGGGGGAGAGGAGAAGAGGAAGGUGACUCUGUUCAAAAAUGGCAUUCUGAAUAAGACCCAGCAAAGGAGACUGAGUGAAACCGUGUAUCACGGAGAGAAAGAGUGCACUGUGUUCAUGUCCAGGAUGGUUAAGCUCCAACAAGGUAACAGUCUCAGCCUUGAGAUAACAUCCAAGAAUAAUAGUUUUAGGUAUGGGGGAGAGAAUACCUAUUGGGGGGCAUAUCAGCUCCCCCCAUAUUGAGCCAACAGACAUUGUUAUUGAGACUUAGUUCAAGAUUGAACCAAAGAAGCUGUUAAUACAUUGUUUGUUUUUUAAAAGUGUGCGUUAGUUACUAAACUGAAUUUAUUUUGUGAAAACUGUAACUGUUUAGCAUAUGCACUGUUUGUUUCGCUGAACAGAUUUGAUUAUAUAAUGAGGUAACAGAAUACAUCUUCAA